AUGUCAUUUUUUGGAGCUAACAAUUCAUUGGGUGCCACCAGCACACCGGCUAAACCUACUGGAUUAUUUUCCUCCUUUGGUACGGGAACAGGAACGGGCACAACGUCAGCGUUCGGCACGACAUCAGCGCCGACACUUGGUGGAUUCGGUGGUUUUGGUUCCACAACAACAAGUACUACCACAGCUCCAACAUUGGGAGGUUUUGGAACAUUUGGUACAGCUAAUACGGCUACAUCAUCUGCUCCGAGUUUAUUUGGAACCGCAAAUACGGCCACAUCUACGGGUUUCGGUGGGUUUGGUACAGCAGCUGCUACGUCGCAGGCACCAGCUUUUGGUGGUUUUGGAACGUCGACAAGUAACACAACUGGUGGAUUUGGUGGUUUUGGAGCCACAUCAACGACGUCAACUGCUCCAGCGUUUGGCGGUUUUGGUACUCAAACUUCAACGGGAGGAUUUGGAGGCUUUGGAACAGCAUUUGGCAAGCCAGCAACAAAUACAACAGUCACACCAGGAUUUGGUGGAUUCGGUGGCAAUACUGGCUUCAUGAUGGGCCAACAGCAACAACAGCCACCUCCCAUCACUGCGGACGAGGCAUUUGCCCAAUCAAUUUUCAAUGUAUCCAUCUAUGGUGAUGAACGCGACACGAUCAUUGCAAAAUGGAAUUAUCUACAAGCAAUGUGGGGUAUUGGUAAAUCAUUCUAUUCACAAAAUGCAGCUCCUGUUGAAAUAACACCACAAAACUACUUGUGCCGAUUAAAAGCCAUGGGUUACAGUCGUCUACCCGGAAAAGACAACAAAAUGGGUUUGGUAGCGUUAAAUUUCAAUAAACCCCUUGCCGAUGUCAAAGCCCAGCAACAACAAAUAAUAAACACAUUGAAUGGUGUUUUUGGUAAUAGACCCAAUUUACAAAUUAACAUCGAAUCGAGUAAAGAAUGUGACGAAAAGAAAAGCCAAAUUGUUAUCUACGUAGAGGAGAGGUCGCAAUUGGCACCCAAUGACACUAAACGUAUUUUAGCCACAGAUUUGGCUAACUAUCUAAAUCAGACCAAUGUCAAGGGACAAUUAAACAAUUUGGGUGUUGCUGAGGUAUUGGCAUUGGUAUUGCCCGAUGAAGAUCAAUUAAAGGAAUAUUUAGAGAAUCCUCCAAAAGGUGUAGAUCCGCGAAUGUGGCGGCAAGCUAAAAUUGACAAUCCUGAUCCUUCGAAAUUUAUACCAGUUCCAAUGAUCGGUUUCAAUGAUUUAAAGUAUCGCAUUAAAUGUCAAGAAAAUGAAACUCAAACUCAUUAUCUAUAUUUGCGCAAAGUGGAAAGUGAUUUGGCGGAAUUAAGGCAAAGACACACAGCGGCAACAGCAAAAAUAAUGGAAUACAAACGUAAAUUGGCCGAAUUAAGUCACAAAAUAUUAAAGAUAAUUGUCAAACAAGAAUGUACACGUAAAGUGGGCUUGGCGCUGACACCUGAAGAGGAAAAUUUACGCUCCAAAUUAGAAAAUAUGCAAGCUCUUAUAUCAGCUCCUACACAAUUUAAGGGUCGCCUGAGUGAAUUGCUGUCACAAAUGCGUAUGCAGCGAAAUCAGUAUGCCCUAACUGGUGGUAGUGAAUAUACCAUCGAUAAAGAUUGUGAAGAGGAAAUGAAAUCAUUCUUGAGCAUGCAACAGAAAGCCAUGGAAGUUCUUACUGACACUGUAACAAAGGAUUUGAAAGCUCUACAAAUUAUUAUCGAUGGCAUGCCAGAAUUGGUUCGAGGUUAAUAAACUUUUUCUGCUUUAUUUUGUUUAGGUUUGU